AGCCACGUAAUCAAUGAUCCUGCGCCUCGCUAAGUAGUCCCGUUCAGGAUGCCCUCGGUACACGCUUUUCAAGCUCAAGAGGUUCUCAGUAGGAAGAAGUCGGCCUCAGAGGUGCGUUGCGGUUUUGACAGAAAGGCAAAGUGGGUUUUCUAACCCAUUUCAUCCGGAUUCCUCCGCCAGGAGGCAUAGUCACCGGGUCUCCACUUCCGGGUCCGCCAUUUUAUUGCCUCCAUUUCUCCGCGAGGGGGGGGGGAAGGUCCCCCAAAUAUGCAUAUGUGAAAAGGCCAAAAAGUGACCGCCGCUGGCAAGGAGUCUUAACUUGAGAAAGAAACGGGACCAAGCUGGCGGGCCCAGUAAGAGCGAAGCGGGCAGCGCUCCGGAAGAGCUCCCUGGAUACUUUUGUUCCUAUGCAUAAAGAUGUCUCUGGUGGAUUUGGGGAAGAGGCUGCUGGAAGCUGCAAGAAAAGGCCAAGAUGAUGAAGUGAGAACGCUGAUGGCAAACGGGGCCCCGUUCACCACAGAUUGGCUUGGAACAUCACCUCUUCACCUUGCAGCCCAGUAUGGCCAUUAUUCCACAGCAGAAGUGCUCCUUCGAGCAGGCGUUAGCAGGGAUGCCCGGACCAAGGUGGACAGGACCCCCCUGCAUAUGGCUGCAGCUGAUGGGCACGCACACAUCGUGGAGCUGCUGGUUAGGAGCGGUGCGGACGUGAAUGCCAAGGACAUGCUGAAGAUGACCGCACUACACUGGGCCACAGAGCACCACCAUCGAGAUGUUGUCGAGUUACUUAUCAAAUACGGAGCUGAUGUCCAUGCUUUUAGCAAAUUUGACAAGUCUGCCUUUGACAUAGCACUGGAGAAAAACAAUACUGAGAUUCUGGUCAUCCUUCAGGAAGCAAUGCAGAAUCAGGUGAGCAUCAACCCCGAGAAAGCCAACCCAGUGACCAACCCUGUGACUGUGGCUGCUCCAUUCAUCUUCACCUCUGGAGAGGUCGUUAACCUCGCUGGCUUUGUUUCUUCAGCCAACACCAAAGCACCCGCAGCUAAUUUAGAGGAAAUCGAAGAAGGAAAUUCACUUGACUCAUCAAUCCAGCAAGUGGUGGGGAGUGGCGGCCAGAGGGUCAUCACCAUAGUGACUGAUGGAGGCCCUCUGGGUAAUAUCCAAACCUCACUCCCUACUGGAGGCAUUGGCCAGCCCUUUAUUGUAACUAUGCAAGAUGGACAGCAAGUUCUAACUGUGCCUGCUGGUCAGGUUGCAGAGGAGACAAUAAUUGAAGAGGAAGAAGAGGAAGAAGAGAAGUUGCCAUUGGCAAAGAGACCAAGGAUGGCAGAGAUAACAAACAGUAUUGAGGAAAGCAAGGAAGGCAGCGAAAGAGAGCUACUGCAGCAGCAGCUCCAGGAGGCCAAUCGAAGAGCCCAGGAGUACAGACACCAGCUUCUCAAGAAAGAGCAGGAGGCAGAACAGUACCGUCUCAAGCUGGAGGCCAUGGCGCGACAGCAGCCCAACGGUGUUGAGUUCACCGUGGUUGAGGAGGUAGCUGAAGUGGAUGCUGUAGUAGUGACAGAAGGGGAAAUAGAAGAAAGAGCAGCAGAAGUGAUGAAGUCAGGAAGAACCACAGAGCCUCACACUAGUGUUUCCAUAGAAACCGUUUCAUCUUAACACGCAAAGACCACAACUUGCACUCAUUCAUCUUAUUUUUAAGAAGAAAAUACAGAGGGCAAGCAUUGUGUACAAAUUAAGACUCUUUAAGAAGGGAACAGUAGCAGGGCUCAGGGCCUGGGCCAGGAACGCUGUAUGUGCAUCUGGAGACUCAGAGCCACGUUAGGGGCAUCCAGGGACCAAAGGACCAGGACCAAAUCUCUCAGCUCGCGUCAUUGCUUUAAACAGAGUACUGAGCAUUGCGGGUUGAUAUUUUUUAUAAAAAUAAUUAACUUUAUAUUAAAAGAUUUUAAGAUAAUACUUGUAAUACAUAUACACCAAGAGCCUUUAAUAAUUAUUCCUGAGAUUUCCAAGUGAUCUGAAGUUUGCCUUAGGUUUAUGAACUGCUACAGUUGUAGGAAGACUCUUGGAGAGAGGAAAAGAUG